CUGGGGAUCCGUACUGCGCAAUGAGAACCUUAGCUCUCCCUGCUCUUCGAGGCGGUGUACUCAGACCAUGUCGGCGUCACAACCCUAUCGAACGCUAUUCCUUCCGCCGACUACAGCAUGACUCCGCCCAACCAUCUCACGUCCCCAAGAUGGCUCAAUCCUCAUUCUGGCACUCGAUCGUACCCAAGCCUCUGCGUGAUCGAUUGACGAGACGGUCCGAAACGGGUGGAAAGGUCAAGAAGACAAAUCCUGCAAGCUACUUUAUCUGGAUCUACCUCUUCAUUGGCUCUCAGUCAAUCCGGAUCAUGGGAGUGCAACAGGAUUUUAACACUUUCAUGCGCAAGGCCGACCUCAAGCUGAACCGAUUAAGGGAGGUGGUAGAGAAGUUGCAAAAAGGUGAACCGGUGGACGUUGAAAAGGUGCUUGGAACUGGAGACGAGAUUCAGGAGCGUGAAUGGGAGGAUGCCUUGCGCGAGCUUGAAGAGGAAGACAGGAUAUGGCAGAACAAUAAGAAGAAGUCUAGGGAAGAGAGUGAACGGUUGGCUCGUGAAAAGCAAGACGCAAAUCCCAUCAAUGACUCUGUCGACAGGACUCAAGGACAGCAGACAGUCCCGACAGAGCUCCCUCCUCGUACUCCAGGGUUUUACUGAAGAUCUGCCGACUGAAAAUAGCUUUAGAAUGAUGGCAUUAUUGUCCACUAUUCUUCAGCUCUUCAGCGAACCUCACUACAACGAUGUGCAACAGCAACGUCGAUUCUAAGGCCAGAUUCUCAUCUUUUAGAUGGCCUUCUGCGUCUAUUCAGCAGACACAAAAAGGCACGUCAUCGCGCAGGACAAUGUUCAAUUUGGCGGACUUGAUCCUGGCUGCAAUCUCACCUCUAUCCCAUCCCGUGCUUGUGUCGGCAGCAGCCCGUAUUGCCAUCUGUUUCUGCAGAUUUGUGGGCAAGAACUGAAUGGCCUAUCGACAUCUAAUGUCGGGGGCUCAAGCUCACGAACCAGCUAUAUGGCAACAGGAUGCGGCUGUGCAUAACAGUCUUGAUUGCAAGAGCCACUUCAGCCUCUGGCGGGACAGCGGCCUUUAUGUGAGCGGCUUUUCGUCCUUAAGAUGGGAUUCAGGGAUGUGUCGCUCUCGACACCUCGAUCACAGGUUUCCAUCAACGAGAUCUCUCUACUCAUUUACCUGCUUGGGCAAGUAGGUGUUUUCUUCAGACAAGACAUAGAGCUGGUGAUGGGAGAAGCUUGAUAGUAAGCUUCAAAUUAUAUACCUGUAGUACAUUGACACGAAUCAUACCCUUUUGAUUAUA